CUCGGGCGUCGCCGCCUUGCAUCCUGGGAAGGGUAGUUCUCGAGGCUCUGAAGGAGAAUGGAGCUGGGCGGAAGCAGGACGCCGAGAGAACUACAUGCAGGAGGCGGGGUCCAGAGCGAGGAAUCUACGCGGCUAGCAGUGGCGAAGGCGGCUGUAGCGGCAGCAUGAAGCGGACCCCGACCGCCGAGGAACGAGAGCGCGAAGCUAAGAAACUGAGGCUUCUUGAGGAGCUUGAAGACACCUGGCUUCCUUAUCUGACCCCCAAGGAUGAUGAAUUUUAUCAGCAGUGGCAGCUGAAAUAUCCUAAACUAAUUCUCCGCGAAGCCGGCAGCGUCCCCGAGGAGCUCCAUAAAGAAGUUCAAGAAGCCUUCCUCACACUGCACAAGCAUGGCUGCUUCUUUCGGGACCUGGUUAGGAUCCAGGGCAAAGAUUUGCUCACUCCGGUAUCUCGCAUCCUCAUCGGAAACCCAGGCUGCACCUACAAGUACCUGAACACCAGGCUCUUUACGGUACCCUGGCCAGUGAAGGGUGCUAGUACGAGAUACGAGGAGGCUGAAAUAGCGGCUGCUUGUCAGACCUUCCUCAGGCUCAAUGACUACCUGCAGAUAGAGACCAUCCAGGCUCUGGAAGAACUCGCCUGCAAAGAGAAGUCGAAUAUCGAUGCCGUGCCAGUGUGUAUAGGGCCAGACUUCCCCCGGGUCGGUAUGGGGUCCUUCGAUGGGCAGGAUGAGGUGGACUUUAAGAACAGAGCGGCAUACAACGUCACUUUGUUGAAUUUCAUGGAUCCCCAGAAAAUGCCAUACCUGAAAGAAGAGCCUUACUUUGGCAUGGGGAAAAUGGCCGUGAGCUGGCAUCACGAUGAAAACCUCGUGGAGCGCUCAGCGGUGGCGGUGUAUAGUUAUAGCUGUGAAGGCCCUGAAGAGGAGAGUGAGGAUGAUCCCCAGCUUGAAGGCAGAGAUCCUGAUACUUGGCAUGUUGGUUUUAAGAUCUCGUGGGACAUAGAGACACCUGGUCUGGCAAUACCCCUUCACCAAGGAGACUGCUAUUUUAUGCUUGAUGAUCUCAAUGCCACCCACCAACACUGCGUUUUGGCUGGUUUACCACCUCGAUUUAGUUCCACCCACCGAGUGGCAGAGUGCUCCACCGGAACCUUGGAUUAUAUCUUACAGCGCUGCCAGGUGGCUCUGCAGAAUGUCCGUGACGGGGCAGACGGUGGUGAUGUUUCUUUGAAAUCCUUUGAGCCCGCGGUUCUGAAACAAGGAGAGGAAAUCCACAAUGAGGUUGAGUUCGAGUGGCUGAGACAGUUUUGGUUUCAAGGCAACCGAUACAGAAAAUGCAGUGAUUGGUGGUGUCAGCCCAUGGCCCAACUGGAAGAACUGUGGAAGAAGAUGGAAGGUGUGACAAAUGCUGUGCUUCGUGAAGUUAGAAGAGAGGGGGUCCCCGUGGAACAAAGGAAUGAAAUCUUGACUGCCAUCCUUGCCUUGCUCACCACCCGCCAGAAUCUGAGGAGGGAGUGGCAUGCCAGCUGCCCCAGGCAUCACAUCCAGAUGUAGAAGCAACCAAGAUGGAAAGAGAUCAACUCUUCCAGUGCCUCCUUCUCAAGAGUGAGGAAAUCCUUCCUAGAAACUCUCAGUUGACCUUCUUUCCGGUCUCAUUGCCCAGAUCUGGGUCAGACAUUCGCUGCUGAACUGAAGAUUGCCAAGGGAAAUGGAAACAGCAUUAUUGGCUUUAUUAACCAAGAUUUUCUCUUGAGCUGGCGGUGGCGUCCAUUUUCUCGGAGUGUUGAAUGCGUGAAUAAAACAGGGGUUCUGUUAGCAACGAAGAAGAAGGGAAUGGUUGUUGGGGAGAGAACCAGUAGUGUCUCCCUGAUUUUUUUUUUUUCUUCAUUCUCUGGCACACUCUUAGAACCAGUUAAAAUUCUGUAUGUCGUUCACACGUUUAACAGAUAUGCGCAAAAUAUACGGUAAGUCCUGGG